AUCCUUCCUAAAGGAAUUCUUUCCUCCCAAGCUGCAAACUUUGAUGACGAGAGCAACACAAAACCUGGCUGUCCUGCUUGCGGCCCAAGUGUAGACGAAAGUACUUCAAUCAGUACCAGUGCAUCCGGAGCUGGCAUUGUAGAUGUUCAAGCCAAGAACAUAGAUGAUGGGGCAUCUUGCUUGCCUCAAAAUUCAUCUGAAAUAGUGGAGAGUAUCGUCCUUGGCGUUGACAGUUUUCCCUUGGAGUGCACUGUUACUUGUACGACUGUAGAAGCGUUACUGUCGUUAGCAAAAAAUCUGCAGGUCUGA